AUGCUGACUCGCCUUUCAGACUCGCAAUCUUCAGGGAAGGACCAGAAGCCCGAUUCGCAAAACUCGCUGGCGCCACCACGACGCCCUGCCGGCGCCCCUAGUGAUACCCCGGAUUACUUCAACUCCGUGCAUAACCCUUUCUCGCUGGAGCCCAACCCAUUCGAGCAAUCAUUCAGCAGUAACCCCGGCGACACCCCCGGCAAGUCGCUGCUUCCUCCCGUCGCGUCCCUCACUUCCCCAGCUCUGGCUGGCGCCAGCUCCGCUGGUGGCUACAACUGGUCUAACUCCCUGCGCUCAGGGCCCUUGAGCCCCGCCAUGCUUCCCGGUCCAACUGGCUCCAGUGAUUAUUUUGACAGCAUCGGUCGAGGCUUCCCAACCCCGAACGAAUCGUCCCUUCGCACUGGCCUGACCCCGGGCGGUGGUGGGUCGAUGUUCCCGGCCCCCAGCCCCAAUUCACAAGCUUUACUGCAACAACUCCAGAACGGCGGUGCCACACCGUCCACGAUUGAGUUUCACCGCACCGCGUUGACUGCCCGGAAGAACAGCGGGAAUGGUCAAGGGAAUGAACAAGAUCAAGGCCCGAAUGCGACUAUGGACAUUAAGCCUCAAGUUCCCGCAGAACAGUUUACGCAACACGAUGCCGCCGAUGCUGCCAAUGGUCUCUUCAUGCUAGCUAAGGGUGGUCAAGCGAACAAUAUGCAAGCAAACCAAAAUAUGCAGAAUGAAAAUCGCGCCGCUCGGCGCGUGUCAUCGAACACAAACGGCACCAGUGGUCGUGAGAUGAGCGGUGAGGGAUCGGAGCAGGAACUCUCCAGGCCCUCUGGUAAGGGCAAGGGGAAGAAGAACGCCACCAAAGCAGCCCCGGCUGCUAACAACCGACGCAAGGCUGAAGAUGCUCCCAAGGGAUCUAAUAAGAAGGCCAAACAAAGCAGUCUUGAGCCACCGUCGGAUCUCGACUCGGAUGAUGAAGAUAUGAAGAAGUUCUCCGGAGAUCCUAAAAAGAUGACAGAUGAAGAAAAGAGGCGGAACUUCCUGGAGCGCAACCGCGUCGCUGCCUUGAAAUGUCGCCAACGGAAGAAGCAGUGGUUAGCCAACCUGCAGAACAAGGUUGAGCUAUUCACCACCGAGAAUGAUGCGUUGACCGCUACUGUUACUCAACUUCGUGAGGAGAUUGUGAAUCUCAAGACCCUUCUGCUCGCCCACAAGGACUGUCCCGUCUCCCAAGCUCAGGGACUUGGUCCUCUCAUGAUGAAUGGCAUGUCAACCGGAUACGAUCCCCACGGAUACGCCCACAUGCCCGGCCAAAUGGGCAUGCCGCAAGGCCCAAUUCCCUCUCAGAUGCGACGGGCGUAA